AAAAGAAAAACUUGAAAAUAGAAAGAGAAAAAAAUCUAAAUUUUAUUACUAAAUUAAUGUAAUUUAUAAAUAACAAUAAUAAAACACAACUUAAUUAAACUUAAUUUUAAAAAAUAAUUAUAUUUCAUAGAAAAUUAAAUAAAUUAUUAAGACCUAUUAAAAAUAAAACUAACAGCAAGAAGAAGACGAACAUUGUUAGAGACCUCGUAACUGGGAGAGGAAAAAAAAUAGACAAAACACUAGGAAGAAAAGUCGAAGGAAGAAAAAAAGCAGAAUUUUGGCUUAUAAAACAAUAAUAAUACGUCUUUGCAGUAAAUUGUUAACAACAAAUAAUAUGGCCAAUGAAAAUGAUCAGCAGCAGCAACAGAAUCAACAACAGAACACAAAGUCCAUUGAGGAGACGGAAAAACCUCUGGAUGAGAGUUUCAAAAGUAAUAACAAAAAUGAAAGUUGUGACAACUUGGUUGAUGUGCAACCACAAACAAAUGAUGAUAAUUUAGUAUUGGUCACAGCUAGCAAAGGUAAACUUAAUGAUUUAGUGGCGGAUUUGUGUAUAAAUGGUCAUCGGCCACAGCCACCUCCCAGCCUGGCGGCUUAUGGAGAUUAUACAAAUAUAAGAGCCACCUUGGGACCGGUGGGCAUAAAUGAUAACAAUUUUAACACAACAGCAUCAUCGUCGUCGGAUGCUAGUAAUUCAAGUGGCUGUAUAAACACGGCUCCCACACAUAACGUCCAACAACAGCCACCACCACCUACACAAAAUUCCUCUUUUUCUUUUAAACAUUUUCUGAGUAGUAAUAGCGUGCCCACAGCACCCUCUACUACGGUGACAUCUUUGGACCCACCUGCCAACAGUACGUCCACUACAUCCUCUUCUUCAAAUGCUACCACAUCGUCACGUUCUCUACAAACUUCAACGGGAGCUCGGCCAAAAGUCCCUCAAUCGAAUUCUGUGUCCUCCACCUCCAUAUCAUCGUUAACAGUGGGAGGCUCGAACGAUGCACAAUCUGCAGCUACGAAAAUGAAGAGAUCCCCACGAUUUUCAUCGUUUGACUCGCAGGCGAGUUUGGCCGAAUAUGCCGGUUCUGCCACAACAGCAGAUUUGCCACCGGCCGAAGCUUCCGCAGGUUCUUCAACUGCAGCCACAGAUUUUCGUCUCUAUCCAGAUGAAAGGGAGCGUGAUCGCUUUCAGGAAUGGAAUCUCCCCUCAAAUGCCCCCACAAUGACUACAAAUUCCACAGAUUAUGAUCGUGGCAGCUCGUAUGUACCCCGUUCGUAUUCCAACUACGAUAUGCCUAAACCUCAAACCUCGCCCCGUAGACGUGUGGGUAUAGGUGCCCCAACCAAAGAUAGUAGGCCCACACGUUUAGCUUUAAAUUCAAAUCAAAAUCCUACAACGGCUGCCAAAUUGAAAUUAGACUUGCCUUUAACUUCCAAUUCCAGUGGUUUAAAUGCAGCAGGAGCUUCGGCUGCCAGCCACUCUAUGAACAGCAGGAAAACUGCUCAUUGCUCCAGGCCAACAGAUUUUCAUGCAGCUAAUCCUUUGCCAGGAGGAGCAGCGGCCGCCGCUGCUUUGCCAGAUUUUGUGCAAGAUCAUUGGAUGGAUUCUUGGUAUGCCAAUGAUAUGCAUGUUAAUUCUCCGCCAUCAUCGCCCAUCAAUACAUUUAUGGACGAUUUGAACGGUUCGGGAGGUUUGGGUCAGGCCUCAGGCGGUGGUGGUCAGGCUGGAGCCGUACAUGGCCACAAUUCCAACAAUCGCACGUUACACCUGGAUAACGCCCCCAUACCAGGACCUGCGGAUAGGGGUGAUUUUAAUAUGGGCCUGCCCGAACCAUCCACUGCAUCGGUGGGUUCGAAAAUGUUGCCCGACUUUCUAUCCGAUGGCCCUAUCAUACAUUCGUCUCAACGCUUAGCCGAUGUGGCCGCUGGUCUACCCUCCAAUUCCAUAGGUUCUCCCGAAGAAUCUUCAAUUAAUAAUCAACUUUCACGAUUGCGCUCUGAUAAUGAACGUUUGCAAAGGGUUUUAAAUGAAACCAUGGUAGCACUCAACGAACAGACCUUAAGAGCCAAUAACUUGGAACGACAGCUAGUGGAGCAGCAGCGGCAACAUAAAACUGAAACGGAAGACGCGUUAGACAGCAAUAAAAAACGUUCCACGGCUGUACAAACGCAUGUGGCCAAACUUAAACAACAGGUACAACAAUUAACUGCCGAAGUGGAAAUGUUGAGGCGAGAAAAGGAAUUGAUGCGCGAAGAAGGUGCCGUGGGUGGUUGUAGUGUACAGAGCUGUGAUCGUUCCUAUGCGGCAGCUGCUGUGUCUAGUACAACACGUACGUCAGCAACAACAGCAGCUGUGGCUGGGACAGCAAUUGGUGGAGUUAGUGGUAGUGUUAUGGGCAGUUCAGGCGGUGGUGGUGGUAGUGCAGGUACUGCUUUAGGCAUUAGACCGUCCAGACAACAUCAGUUAUCAAGAGAUUUGCGUAGGGCAGCAUCAAAUGCAGAACAGAACCUAAAGCAACUUUUGGCUGGUGUUGAAAAUUUACGUCAUAUGGCGGCAAAUAUAGAAAAAUCUGAAACACAUGUCGACUACGAUGCUAGUCCCGACUUGUUUUCGGAUUUUCUAGACGAAUGUGAUGAUUAUCGUGAAUAUCCCGGCGGUGGUCCGGCUUUGUAAAUUUCGUUUCUUGUUAUUUUUCUUAAGUUAAGAUAAACAAACAAACAAAUUCAAAGAAAACUGAGAAGUGAAAACAAACAGGCCGACAAAGUAAACAAAAAAUGCUAUAA